ACAAGCAAACGUCAAAAUGACCACACAAAAUUCACCUAGCCAACCACUGAAUGAACCACCAGCUUAGGCAAGAAAAGUGGACGUUCAACCAAAUGUAGUUUCUGUUGCCAUCGAAGAACCAACAUCACCCAUUUUCAACCUUGUCAACGAUUGCUGCUAUGCAAUUUUGGAUUGUUUGUCUUUGAAAGACCUACGAUCGUUUAGCCAAACGUGCAAAUGGGCGCAAAAAGUUGCUGCCAAUUUCUUCAAAAUGAACCAUUCAGAGAUCAAGAUGUACACCAGUCCCGAUAACUUUUACCUGAAAAACCUCCAAAAGUUGCACAUUCACGAACGAUACUUCCAGCCAUAUCGAGCAAUUGAAGAACAUUGCAAUCAACCGAUCAAAGAAAUUCAAUUGGAAGUUACCACAUUAUCUACAGCGAAAGUUAAUUGUCUCAAAAAGGUGUUACGUACUGUUGAACGUGUGAAAAUACAAGAGAGCGAAAUCAACGGUGACCUUCAUGAAAAUUUUCUCAAAUUCUGUGCAAACAUGAAGUGCUUUGUGUUCGCACUAAAUUAAAAAACCAUGGCAACUCAAAUACCGAUCACAUUUUGAUUGGUGUCGAUAAUGGUUGGUUGACUCGAAAAUAUCCAACACUCGAGCAUUUGCGAUUGAUUUGUAAAGACGCGCUUAAAAUCGAUGAGCUGAUGACAUUUUUCAAGCAAAAUCCGAAUGUUCGCAGCUUCGCCACUAAUUCUGCAUUUCUCACAGCGAAUCUGGACUUGUUUCGAACGACAGACAUCAGAUUGGAUAAGUUGGCGAUUCGCUUUGAUGGGAAUCAUUUCUUGGAAAUUUGUGAGACUUUGAAAUCCCUUCAUGAACGAGGUGCCUUUCAGCGAUUGCACUGGUAUACCAAAAGUUUACCCAGUCAAGUGGCCCAAGUGAUUCCAUUGAAUGCGCUGAAAAAAUUGAUGGUUAAUUUUUGGAGUGCUAGAGAAUGUACUAACCUUUCACCACUUUUAAUCAACAUCACAGAACUGAGCAUCAGAUACAAUGGAUCAAACAUGGAAACAGCAGCUCGUAAUCUGGUCGGUCAUGGUUUCCAAAUAUGGAAUUGGACCAAAGGAGCACUUGAUCUCGCGGCAUGGAAUAAGGAGCGUGAAAAGCUGGCUGGAGCACGGAAAGUGACAAUUUAUGUUGACGAAGAUAUUUACUUGGCAACAAAGUGGGCAACGAACGAAACGGACUACGAUUUGAUUGAGUUGAAGCGAGGAAAUUCAUACGAUUGGGACGAUGAUUUCAUCUAUUAAAAAUA